GACCAGACCAAUUGUUACUGAAAUAUUCGGGAAUAUCAAGACUGGAUAGACUGAAAGUCACAGCCAUUCGAUCCAUAGCCGAAAGCUUCAACGAUUCAAAGAUUUUGAGGAAAAAGCACAUUCCAAUACUCAACUGCUGUUUAAAGCUGAGAGUUCUUAUUUUUUGUGGUAUAAUUGAAUAACAAAAGUGAGCGAAAAACCCCGCAUAAUUAGGACGCAAACAAGAAAACCCCCCGAAAUAAAAAAGAUAAAUAAAAUCAACCAUAGAAUCCCAUACAAACAAAACUGCGAGACGAAGGAGGCUGUCAUUGUGUGUGCUCUUAGUAUCUGUGUCUGUGUCUGUGGCUGCGUGUCAAGUGGGGGGUGAGAGACCAUCAUCAUCAUCAUCCUCUCCAGGUCCAGGUCCGGGUCCGUCGCCGUCGCCGUCGUAGCUGUUGUCCGGUUCGUUGUCGUCAUCGUUGGCGUUGCCACAACUCGGUAUAAAUAUUCAUUUUGACGAAUCUACCUGCGGCUGAGUGGCGCUAAUGAAGCGCACAAAAUGAAAAUGAAAGGACAUAAUUAUGCUUAUGUUUUACGUGUUAAGUGCUUGGCAAGCACGAUUAAGACGGUUUAUCACCCGCAACAGCGGCAGCAACACGAGCGACAAUCACAACAUCAGCAGAGGCAACAUCAGCGGCAACAGAGGCUACGGCAACUGAAACAGCAACAGAAUCAACAGCAACAGCUGCGACGGCAGCAUCAGGAACAAACGCGUUAGACACACUGACACGCCCCAAACAGUGUCACACAGAUACACACUCACACAUAGGCCGCCACACAGAUAUACACAGAUAUAUCCACAUAAUGCUGAAAGCAAUGACGACACCAGCUACAUUGUCAGCAGAGUUCGCCGCUGCCGCUGCUGCUGCUGCUGCUGCUGCUGCGAUGGAUGACGAUGUCCCCACGAGCAUUUUUGAAAUAGAACUGCCUGCCAUUUUGCUCAACGAGAGCCUCUUCAUCGAGCUGAAUGGCAAUCUAACCCAGUUGGAAGGCACGACCACCAAUUUGAGCCAAAUCAUUUGGAAUCGCAGCGAUGACAGUAGCAGUGGCAGUGCAAACGGAAACGGAAACGGAAAUGGAAGCCCCAUCUUCGGUCUGGACGAGCAGCGGCGGGUGGUCAGCGAGCGUGAGGCGGCCGAGUUCUGGCUGCUGGUCAAGAUGAUAGCCAUGGCCGUCGUGCUGGGCCUGAUGAUACUCGUCACCAUUAUAGGCAAUGUGUUCGUUAUUGCCGCCAUCAUACUGGAGAGAAACCUGCAGAAUGUCGCCAAUUACUUGGUUGCAUCUCUGGCAGUCGCUGAUUUAUUUGUGGCCUGUCUUGUCAUGCCGCUCGGCGCCGUCUACGAGAUAAGCAAUGGCUGGAUAUUGGGACCGGAACUUUGUGACAUUUGGACGGCUUGUGACGUCCUUUGCUGCACAGCAUCCAUAUUGCAUCUGGUGGCCAUUGCGGCGGACAGAUAUUGGACGGUGACCAACAUUGACUACAACAAUCUGCGGACCCCGCGGCGCGUCUUUAUGAUGAUAUUCUGCGUCUGGUUUGCCGCCCUGAUUGUGUCCCUGGCACCGCAGUUUGGCUGGAAAGAUCCGGAUUAUCUGAAGCGCAUUGAGGAACAGCACUGCAUGGUGUCGCAGGAUGUGGCCUAUCAGAUAUUUGCAACCUGUUGCACCUUCUAUGUGCCUCUGCUGGUGAUUCUAUUUCUGUAUUGGAAAAUCUACAUAAUUGCCAGGAAGCGCAUACAACGACGCACACAAAAGUCCUUCAAUGUGACGUUGACGGAAACAGAUUGCGACUCGACAGUGCGUGAGUUGAAGAAGGAGCGGGGCAAGCGGCGCGUGGCAGAGCGGAAGCGGCAAGAGGCUGGUGACGAGAUAUCCGCUGGCGUAACCGAGCCGCAGGUGCAACAUCGGACGCGUAAGCGAAUGCGGAUCUGCUUUGGCCGCAACACGAACACGGCCGGCAUCUGUGCCGGCUCGGAGGGAGCCGUUGCUCGAUCCAUGGCCGCCAUAGCCGUGGAUUUUGCCAGCCUGGCGAUCACGCGGGAGGAGACGGAGUUCAGCACCAGCAACUACGACAACAAGAGCCACGCGGGCACCGAGCUGACGACAGUCUCCAGUGACGCGGACGAUUACCGCACCAGCAACGCUAAUGAAAUCAUCACGCUAUCGCAGCAGGUGGCCAAUGCCGCGCAGCAUCAUCAGAUAGCCUCCCAUCUGAAUGCCAUAACGCCGCUGGCCCAGUCCAUUGCAAUGGGCGCCACCCACCUUACCACAUCCACGGCUGGCAUUCGGACGGAGGAGGGCGCAGAAGCAGUGGACGGAGGCAGCAGCCCCGGCAAGGCCGUGGGCAUUGGCAUGGGGACUGUGCUAUCCAGCAUUGCCAAUCCACACCAGAAGCUGGCCAAGCGCCGGCAGCUGCUGGAGGCAAAGCGAGAGCGCAAGGCCGCCCAGACACUGGCCAUCAUCACAGGCGCCUUUGUCAUCUGCUGGCUGCCCUUCUUCGUGAUGGCCCUGACAAUGAGCCUGUGCAAGGAAUGCGACAUCCAUCCGGCCAUUGCCUCGCUAUUCCUCUGGCUGGGCUACUUCAACUCCACCCUGAAUCCGGUCAUUUAUACCGUGUUCAAUCCGGAAUUUCGAAGAGCCUUCAAGCGGAUUCUCUUUGGCCGCGGCAAUGCGGCGCGGGCUCGCAGUGCGAAAAUUUGAUUUCAACUGAAGGCCAACGAGGACCAGUAUCUAUAGUUAAGGUGAAACCUCAAAAACAAAAGUCUGGCAGAGCCGUACUCGUGCUCGCAGGAGGAGAGGUCAGUAUCGACAUGCUAUGGAAUUGGCCCAUCUAUGUAGCAUGUAGAUGGAAUAUGUUUUAGCAGCGACAAUCUAAACUAGUUAUAAACAACCCACACACACACACACACACCCAUGUGUCCCAAAGACAAGAAUCAGCAAUCCGAUGCAAAACGAAAUUGUAGUCUUAAGUCAAUGCUUCUUAGCGGAUAUACAUAUGGCAUUAUUGUAGAUGAUAGAUACUCAGUAAAUGUAAAUUAUGUAAAUGCAUAUGCAUAUGCAUAUGCAUAUGAUAGAUACUUCUAGUCUUCCCUGUGUCUUAAAGAAACCCAAGUGAAGUAAAGUUUAAAUAUUAGCGCCCUAAGUAACCAGGUUGGGAAUGAUAAUGAUAUCGGGGUAAGUGGUAAACAAGGCUGGGUCCAAGGAAUUCGUAUUUCUGUGUUAGUUGAAUGUGUUUCGCUCUAGUUUAAGCAUAAUGCUCAAUUAUUUCCAUCAGAAUAGCUAUAAGUCUAAGUGUAUGUAUCAUGUGUGUAUACAAGUCAAUAUCAAAUUUUAACGAAUUUACACGGCAAACACAAAUUACUCUAGAGGAUCUCCGCCACACAUCAACAACAUUGCAUUGCAUGUACAUAUAACAAGAUAAAACCCAAUUCACAUAACACUCAAAAAACGCAUCUAGCACGGCUUAUAAUCCAGGAAAAUGAACUGAAGUGCAAAAGUGAACGCUGAAACUUUCCCCAGAAGCCCCAUGUGCCCCGCAGCACACACAGCACUUCUAAUUGUUAACCGAAACCGCAGAACAGUAAAGUUGAAAACCAAAGCAGUUCUGGUUGGAUCAUGAUAUAUGAGCUAUACUCAAACGCAGGCAUACCAUGCAUACACAUCCCCCAGUCGAAUAUGAGAUAUAUUCAUAUGCAUACAUAUGUAUGUAAUUAUGUGUGCUCAUAUACGAGUAUAUAGUGGUAUAUUUAUGGUAAAUUUUUGAAAAGUUUUCUUGUUAAUAAAUGGACUUACAGUUUUAGCAGAUAGUCAACCAGAAACCACCCGGCAACAACAAAAGUAACAACAGAAACUUAGAAUACUAUAUAUGUAUGUGUGUGCGCAUCUGUACGAAGUAGCCAUUAAGUCAAUGCUUCAGUUGAAACAUAAUAUUCUUCAAAGUGCAAUAUACAUAUGUGUUUAUAUAUAUUUGUGGGUGUAUUUAUGCAACUUCUCGAUGU